GACACUGCCAGCUAAUUGAUCAACAAAGAGGCCCCCCAAGCGUCCCUCCCUACCUCCCUCCGUCCGUCAGAAGAGAAACAAAUCCGUGAAAGGCCAAGCCCGGCCCGUUUAUCAGCUCCUGGUGCUGGUGGUUAGUUCUAGUGAGCGGAAAGCUGAGACCCGACGACCAUGCGAUGCGAUGAUGGGAUGCAAGCCAAAUUUGGCCAUUGACAGCACACAUGUGUCCUGAAUCCUGAUCAGCUUCGCCUCUCACAUAUAUACAUAUACACACACAUACAUAUCAAGUCAUCACCAUGGCCACUGUCAAAAUCCCAGCCCAAAAGGUCAUCUUGGUGGGCGAGUAUGGCGUGGGCAAAUCCUCGUUAUUUCGGCGGUUCGCCAACGAUACCUUUGUUCGGGCCUCGGAUCGCCAAUCCACUCUAGGCUUGGACAACUUUGGCAAGGUCUACCAGAUGAAGGACACGGAUCGGGCGCUGAAACUUCAAUUAUGGGACACGGGAGGCAUGGAGCGUGUGGCCUCCAUCACGUCCAGUUAUUACAAGUACUCAGAGGCGGCCAUUCUCGUGUUUGCCCUGGAUCGACCCGAUUCCUUCCAUGUCUUGUCCCAACAUCUCUUAGAUAUCGUGACCUAUGCUGAAAAUGCGAAGAUAUUUCUAUGUGGUAAUAAGUUUGAUUUGAAGUCGCGGAUUCAAGUCACGGAUGGAGAGAUGGAGGCCUUUAGUGAGCAAUGUCAUAACCUAAUGUCUGGCUUGUACAAAACCUCGUGUAAGACUGGGGAAGGCGUGGAGGAGAUGUUCCGAGACAUUGCCAAUCAACUCUCGGAAACCAACAGGUCCAAGAUUGAACUCCAGUCUUUAGAGGAAGCGAGGAGUUUUCGCAUUGAUCAAGCCCUAGAAGCCGAUGAAAAUGGUCCGAAUGACUGCAGUUGUUGAACUUGAGGCGCCCACUGAUGCUUCAUCCAUGCUUUUCAACCUGUGAUAUUGAACUUGGGGUGAUCCAGCACCCCAAACACACAUAAACCCAAAACCACCCAUGUAGAUUAUUAAAUUGCACCCUAUGGGAAUACAUUCUGAACCGAAAAUCAAAACCAUCAUCCUCCGUAA